CUGUGCGUAUUGUGCGUGUUGUAACGUGUUUCGUGCAUGUCCAUAUUUCUCGAUCAUUCUUCGCGUGUAUUCCUCGCGUGUGUUAUUACGUAUGUUCACAUUUCUGAACGUUUCGUCAUUCUGCAUAUUAAAUAUUGUGUUGUGAUGGAUAAUUAUUCGAAGGAAUUGUUAAAAUCUUGGGAUUUAGACAUUCUCAUCAAACAUUUCGAAGAAAAUUGCAUUGAUAAAGAUUCCAUAGCAAAUUUGACAUCAGAUUUAAUUAAAGAAUUAAUUCCGCAAAUUGGCCUUAGAAUUAAAUUUAGUAAAAAAUGGCAAGAACAUUUUAAUAAAGUUGAAGAUGUAACAAAUAAACAAAAUGAGGAUACUAAUUUAAAUACUACGCAUAGUAUAUAUACUUCAUCUGAUGAAGAGAUCAAUAAUGAAGGAGACAAUAAAGAAAAUUUAGUUAAUAAAAAAAAUUGUUCCAUUGGAUCAUCAGUAUUUAGAAAAUUGCAGCGACCAUCUGUUAAAAAUAUUUUAAAGUUGACUGCACAAGGUCGUGCUAUUUUAAAAUCAUAUGAAAGGCGUAAAACAUUAAGCAGAAAAUGCCGAAGUACUAUUAAUGACGAAACGUUCAGAAAUGUGAACAUACGUAAUAACACACGCGAGGAAUACACGCGAAGAAUGAUCGAGAAAUAUGGACAUGCACGAAACACGUUACAACACGCACAAUACGCACAGCAGUAG